UUCUCCUUCCCUCUAGCCUCCAGGAUUUCUCUCUUCCUAUUUCAGCAGGACUCUCACAGGCUCUCUCAGCCUGUGUGAAGCUGAGGUUUCCUCUGGAACCCGUAUACCCCCAACACAUACCUCCACGCAGACACAUCCCCGAGAACCCCACGCUCGCACCGAGACACACGCGCACACACAGUCGCGCUCGCCUGUCCACCUCCCUCCCGGGAGAGCCGGCGCGCGUUCCCACCUUCGCUGCACACUCCAGCUAGCUGAGCUCGCAGCGCUCUAGGAUUCUGCGGCUCGGAACUCGGAGGAUCGCAGCUCUGAACCUUCAUGGUGGUUUUUGAAACAUUGCCUUCUCUCUUUCGUUUUUAUUGCACCGUUUUCGACCUGGGGGGCUAGAGGAGCAAGGCGGCUGUUUUCCCAGCCAGCCCUGGUUGGCUUGCCAUCCUCCAUCUGGCUUAUAAAAGUUUGCUGAGCGCAGUCCAGAGGGCUGCGCUGCUCGUCCCCUCGACUGGCGGAAGGGGGUGACGCUGGGCAGCAGCGAGAAGCGCGCCGCUGGCUCUGGCGGGCUUUCGGCUUGAGGGGCAAGGUGAAGAGCGCACGGGCCGUGGGGUUUACCGAGCUGGAUUUGCAUGUUGCACUAUGCCUUCUUGGAUCGGGGCUGUGAUUCUUCCCCUCUCCGGGCUGCUGCUGUCUCUCCCGGCCGGGGCGGAUGUGAAGGCUCGGAGCUGCGGCGAGGUCCGCCAGGCUUAUGGUGCCAAAGGAUUCAGCCUGGCGGACAUCCCCUACCAGGAGAUCGCAGGGGAGCACUUGAGAAUCUGCCCUCAAGAAUACACCUGCUGCACCACGGAGAUGGAAGACAAGCUGAGCCAGCAGAGCAAACUGGAGUUUGAGAACCUGGUGGAGGAGACGAGUCACUUUGUGCGCACCACCUUUGUGUCCAGGCACAAGAAGUUUGACGAAUUUUUCCGAGAGCUCCUAGAAAAUGCAGAAAAGUCCCUCAACGAUAUGUUUGUGCGGACCUAUGGCAUGCUGUACAUGCAGAAUUCGGAGGUGUUCCAGGACCUCUUCACGGAGCUGAAAAGGUACUACACGGGGGGCAACGUGAACCUGGAGGAGAUGCUCAAUGACUUCUGGGCGCGGCUCCUGGAGCGGAUGUUUCAGCUGAUCAACCCGCAGUAUCACUUCAGCGAGGACUACCUGGAAUGCGUGAGCAAAUACACGGACCAGCUGAAGCCGUUUGGAGAUGUGCCCCGGAAACUGAAAAUUCAAGUCACCCGCGCCUUCAUCGCUGCCCGAACAUUUGUCCAGGGGCUGACCGUGGGACGAGAAGUUGCGAACCGCGUUUCCAAGGUCAGCCCCACCCCCGGGUGCAUCCGUGCCCUGAUGAAGAUGCUCUACUGCCCGUACUGCCGAGGACUUCCCGCUGUGCGUCCCUGCAACAACUACUGCCUCAACGUCAUGAAGGGCUGCCUGGCCAAUCAGGCCGACCUGGACACGGAGUGGAACCUGUUCAUAGACGCAAUGCUCUUGGUGGCAGAACGACUGGAAGGACCUUUCAACAUUGAGUCGGUCAUGGACCCUAUCGAUGUCAAAAUCUCCGAAGCCAUUAUGAACAUGCAAGAAAACAGCAUGCAGGUGUCUGCAAAGGUCUUUCAGGGAUGUGGCCAGCCCAAACCUGCCCCAGCCCUCAGAUCUGCCCGCUCAGCUCCUGAAAAUUUUAAUACACGGUUCAGGCCUUACAAUCCUGAGGAAAGACCAACAACUGCAGCAGGCACGAGCUUGGACCGGCUGGUCACAGACAUAAAAGAGAAACUGAAGCUCUCUAAGAAGGUCUGGUCGGCGUUGCCCUACACCAUCUGCAAGGACGAAGGCGUGACGGCGGGCACGUCCAACGAAGAGGAGUGUUGGAACGGGCACAGCAAAGCCAGAUACUUGCCUGAGAUCAUGAACGAUGGGCUGACCAACCAGAUCAACAACCCAGAGGUGGAUGUGGACAUCACUCGACCCGACACCUUCAUCCGGCAGCAGAUCAUGGCGCUCCGAGUGAUGACCAACAAACUAAAGAACGCCUACAAUGGCAACGACGUCAACUUCCAGGACACAAGUGAGGAAUCCAGCGGCUCUGGGAGUGGCAGUGGGUGCAUGGAUGACGUGUGUCCCACGGAGUUUGAGUUUGUCACCACGGAGGCCCCUGCAGUAGACCCCGACCGGAGAGAAGUAGACUCUUCUGCAUCCCAGCUCGGCCCCUCCCUGCUCUCCACAUUUCUGCUCUGCGUCGCCCUGGCGCUGCAGAGACUCUGCAGAUAAUCCUGGGUGUUUGCUCCGAUGAAACUGCGUUUUAGCUCUUUGAACAGCCGACUCACUUCUUUUCUUACACCCUUGGACAAUGGACCACGCCACAAACACUUACCGUUUCUAUGAGAAGAGCAGUACUGCACUCUGCCUCGCUUUUGUUUUCCCAAAGAGUACCGGGUGCCAGACGGGACUGCGUCCUCUUUUCCUGCGCUCUCUGUGGGGACCUUGUUUAUUCUAGAGAAUUCUUACUCAAAUCUUUCGUACCAGGAGAUUUUCUUACCUUCAUUUGCUUUGAUGCUGCAGAAGUAAAGGAAUCUCACGUUGUGAGUUUCUUUCUCCCCAUUUGUAACAACUUUUAAAAAAAUGAGAAGAAAAUAAUUUUCUUUGUAAAAUCAGGCCAAACCCCAAGACAACUUGCAUUUUCAACAAAGAAGCAAACAAGAGAGAAAAAUAAAAGAGUUUUAACGCUGUAGGUCAGCAUUGCCAGGCAACUCCCAGUGUACGCUUUUCUGUGACUAAUCAAUCAGGUUUAAAAAAAAAAAUGGGAUGGGGAGAAAGUUUGAAAAUGUUUGUAGUGUAGUGAAAAUACACUGUUGUCUUGGAGGUGUUGUCUUGCACUGUAACCACACAACACAAAACUGAUUCAGAGGUACGGAUACUAAAUUUAGACUUUUAUCUUCAAUGUCACACAAAAUGUUACUACAACUCAGCACCUCUCGCUCACCCUACCCAAUUUCAGUUGCAGUAAUAGUACCACGCUCCUUAAUUCUCUUCACGUCUGUCCACUGGAUCCAAUUGGCAGAGAUAUUCCCCUUCAUCUUCAGUUACUAGCGGACACCCCCAUCAAUUCAUCCCCCUCCAGGGUCUGAAUUGAGAAUGAUUGUCAACAACCCAAUUGCUUUGCUUCCAGAAGGUUGCACAUCAAUUCAGUCUCUGCCCCUGUGCUCAUUCCCCUCCCAAAGGAAGGGUUAUUUUAAUGAACUGAUAAGCAAUUAGAUCCAUCAGUGAGUUUUUACGUUUAGCUAUAGCUUGGUAUCAUUUGGUUUCUGUAUUACAAGGGCAUUCUCUUAGAAAAUAACUCACAACAGAAAAAGUCAAGACAAAAAAUAUAUAUAUAGUAUUGACAUGGAGAUUUCUUUCACUUUUUUAGUCUUAGUAUGAUCAUCUAUUUUUAUAUCUAUAUCUAUAUAUAUAUAUAUAUAUAAAAUCACAGAUUUUAACUUCUUAAUUCCAAGCUCAGGGUUGACACACCUUUGUAACGAAAAUGUUUUGUCAACCAGCUCUUCUUGUUUUGCGCUGCUCAGAGAAGGGAUACUUCAAUGGUCUGUGAGCACCAAGAAUCAAGAAAGAGAUCUUUUUACGUAUCUAACUGUCCAUUUAUUAAGAGUUUGCCAGGGCACACCCUUUUUGCAUGAGCGUGCUUUGUCCUGGAUGCUCCAGAACAGACCGAGCUCAUGAAGAGGGCCAUGGGCGUCUGGGACUUUACUGGUGAUGAAAACUGUGUGCAUAAAGAAUGUGUUAUCCACGCAAAACCAUUGCUUUCACAUACAACACCUUCAGCUUAGGAUUCCUGCGUGGCACUUGGAGAAAUGUCCUAAUGCAAGCGGCCAACUCAGAGGCACAGCUUCCCCAAUCCACCGUGCCUGCCAAAGCCAGGCCGUGCACUCCACCUGACAGAGAGGAGCAAAAUAAACCAGGAUGGGACUUUACGAAUAUGGUUGGCUGUCCAUGUAUUUCUCGGUUUUUAUGAUUCAUCUGGGGUUGGGAGAAGUAGUGUUUUAAAACAUCCUAGUACGCUAGUCACAUUUUAAUUAACCCAUUGAUGGUAAUGACACGUAAAUGGUAUUUUUCAAUCCCUCUUUUCAUCAAAAUUAUAAUUACUUAUUGAUUUAGUCAUCCCAUUAAAGUAGAAUGUAUGCGGCACAAUAGGAUCAAGUAUAAUUGAGCACUUUUGCAAAAACAAAGGAUUUAGAAGCCUCUAUUGCUAUUGGGUAUGCCUAAUGAACUAUAAAACAUAGGAUUCUGAGAGACUUUGUGAUAUCUUUGCACUUAAAUCUUUAUGAAAUUAACACUUAGCUUAAUUCAGCAUUCCGUACAUCUAGAAAAACAUUUCGCUGCCAAACCCCAGCUUUCUUUCACCAAUUACACACAAAGCAUCUCUAUGAAGGACCGAUCAUUUACGUUGCCCCUUGUGUCGUAUGUUCAGAAAUCAGGUUUGUCUUUCUCCAAAUAAUUAAGGUGCAAUACAAAUUAAAUCAACCUUCAUUGGCCAGAAUGUUUGAGUAAUAAUUUGUUUUUGUGGCUUUAAACCCCAAAUCUUUCCUUUGUAAAAUGUGUCUGCAUCGUCUUCUGUGAAAUAGGUCAGAAUGCCCCAUUUUCCCUGUGCUCUCACCCCAGAAUGGUUUUGUGCAUGUGUGUGAACACACAUUAUAUUAAUGAAUAAAAAAACAGCUUCUGUACAUGCAAAACACACAGAUGAGAUAUAAACACCUGCUUCACUGGUUUCAACACCUUAGUUAUUAACAAUAUUCCUACUGGUUAGAUAGAGUGAUCCCUUUGAGCCAGGCAGAGCUGAAAUGACUGUCAGUUAAUGAUGGCCCAGUAUUAGCCACCUGCAUGGAUGUGGCCAAAAUGUCACUCAAAUUGUACUAUCUGGAUUUUAUCAUCAUCCUAAUAUGUCAUAUGACUUUCAGGGUAUUUUAACUUUUUUUUUUUUUGCUUUCUGACAAUGAAUUUAACCUACUUACCCUAUUUUGGAAUCACCUCGCCCCACUCCACCCCUGGCCAAAUUAAUCCCUCUCAUUUCAGCAUCAUGAUGGGAAGCAGGGAAGCUCCAUUAUUUUUCACAACCGACUUCUUUGCUUUUAUGUUCCCUAAAUUCUGUGAUGACAUCUUAACCCUGUUUCAGAUAGAGAGGAAUGGGCUCCCUGAAGUCGGACACUAGCAAUUGUCGGGUGAUGCUCACAACUGCAAACACUUAGCUUAUUGAAGUGCCUCUAUUUACAUGUUUAGUUAUAAUAUGUAUUUUUCUAACAGAAAUACACGUCUGUAAUUGGUGUAUAUUAUACUUUGUAUGUGUUAUAACAAAAGCUAAACAGGGGCUAAAGUCUUUAGCAGAGAAGGAUGAAUUCCGAAUUCAUGAAGGAGAGCUCUGCUUGUGGUUCUGUGUUGGACAGCCAUGGCAACCUUCUGUCACCUCAACGAAGGUCAAGUUGGCACUUUGCUGAUAGCCGUCCUAGAACAACGAUAGCAAUAGCGAUCUGACUUCCCUUACAGCGGCUUAUCCAGACACGUAGCUUCUGUUACCUGUUUUCAUUGUAAGGAAGAGAAAAUACUACUUUGUCUACACUGAAAAACACAAUUACUCCUUGACACGUUGUAUUAAUUAUAAAAGUAACAUUCUAUAACUCAAACACACUGAAAAUAUUAUUGGAUGCAGAACCCUGGUAUUUAAUUUAUGUUCCCUGCUGCAGACCUUAGCCUGUUUUAAUUCUUUAGCCAUUACCUACAUGUUUUGGCUACACACUGAACACCAACUAAAGUCCCCAAGGAGGAAUAAAAACCUAGCAAAUUC